AUGGUAAUGGAAGCGACCAGAAGAAUGGGUUUCUCUGCUAAUCCUCUCUCGCUAACCGUUGAAGCUAAACCUCCUACGGCUCAGCUCGUCGCUGUCUUCUCUCUUGUAACUGUCAACCCUUUCUCGAAGCUCUCAGCUGAUGAUUUCGCCGGAGAAACGCCGCCAUGGACAACCAGGUUCUUCGGCGACUCUGACUCUUAUUCGUUCCCGUCGUCUUCUCAUGAAGCUAGAAACAGAGUCCAUGAGAAUGUCAAGCGCUUCGCUAGGAACUACGCAACCCUACUCAUCCUCUUCUUCACUUACGAACUGUUUGAGAUGCCACUAGCGUUGCUAGGGUUUGUAACAAGCUAUGUCUUUUGGGAGUUAUUCAAAUUCUGCGUCGACAGAUGGGAAUCCAAUCGACAUCCCUUGAUCAGAAAAAUAUUAAUCCGUGUCGCACUAUGUGCAACCGUGAGCUUUUUGGCGUUUCUGAAUGUUCAAAUUGCUGUUUUCUAUGCUCUUGCGAUAAGUUAUGCAGUUGUAAUAUUGCAUGGCGGGUUCAGGAAUCUCUCCCUUUCCGAGAAGCAAUCUUGAGGCAAGAUACAACUAAAUAUAAUUAGAAGACAACAACCCAUUGCGA